ACUCUCUCAGAAGGUCACAGAUGGCUCCGUAGCUCUUUUAGAAGAAGCAGAACCCAUGACUGUGUGAGAGGAACGGGACAGCAGCAAGCUGAGAGCCCUGGAUACAAAGAUGGGACUAACUGGCGCCAUCACCAUAAACUGGUGACUAGUGUCAGCUUUUCAGGGUUUGAGGCUCCUCUAAGGUUGAUUUGUGAGAAUCGGGAAGCAUCUGGCAGCAGUCGUGAAAUAAUUGAUUACCGUAACCUAACACCUCAAGUGCCCUUUGUGCCCUGCAUAGCCAAAUCCAUUCCUAAAAAGAGGAUCUCCCUGAGGAAACCUAGGAAGGCCAUUAAGGACUUGUUUGUUCACAAAAGACACAAACACGAGAAAGCUAUGUCACCAAGUACACCAUGUCGUGUUGUAGGUGAAAAUGUUCCAUCAUUGAAACAGACGAGGAAGGCGGUGAGGCACAAAGAACGUACCACUGCAGGAAGCAGAUUUAAUGACGAACUCAGUGAGACUCCAUCUGAUUCUUCCAGUGAAUGCUGUCCUAAUGUCUGUGAAGAUGCUGCUUCAUUAAAAAGCUUUGGAUCUCAGGCUGGUUGUGGUGAGAUAUUUGCUGAUGAUCUUGUAUCACCUGAGGGGGUUCUUAGCCCAGAGCGUGAACCUCCAAAGCAAAGCCCUACUACUGCAGGUUUCCAGGGAGGUAAGGAAUGUCUGGCCUCUCCAGCUCACGCUGAGGUCCUGGACAUGUUUGGGUUGUGGGAAACCCUAAACAGAACUUUGCUAUUAGGGCAAAGUUCAAAAGUACCAGGACAUGCAACAAAAUCCACAACACCUAUCACAAAAUCUCCUUCCACAACCAAGUCUGAAGAUGUAACGGCAAAUACGACACAACCUGUAGAGUCCGAAAUCAGGGAAUUGAAUACUGAUGUGAUAACACCCAAAAGUGACAACCAAGGGAACACCAGUGAUGAGGGCUACUGUGAUUAUGUUUCUCCUGGUUUUGAGGACCAAAGCAGAAGUACCCUCACUCCAGUGCAUUCCAGUAAGUUCCCUAGGGACACAUACAGUGGAGAUGCUCUUUAUGAGCUAUUCUGUGACCCCAGCGAGGCAGAGAUGGAUGAUGAGCUCGAUCUAACAGACAGCAUUGUUGGCCAGUGCAGUGAUCUUCCAUUGUCCAUGUACAGCUUCCAUGUUGGAGCAGAGGAGAAUCUUGCCCCGCCUUUGGCUCAGGACUUUGUUGGUCAAGAGCUUCUGCAAAGUAAAUGGAUGGGGAAGGAUUGCUUACUAAAGCUUUGUGACACUGAGAUAUCUAUGGCUAUGGGUAUAGUUAACUGGCUAAAGCAUAGGACAGACAAAAACAACCCCACAGAAUUGAGAUCUUCAAAAAUGAACAGUGAAGAUACAAGAGAUGUAUGUCUGAGAUGCGAAACCCAGUCAGCAAGGGUUAGAAAACCAACAAAAGGAGCAAGAACUGUUAACGGUAGAGGAGAAACUGUUCAUUUCAAAGAGUCAAUUCAAAAAAGUGUUGGUGUUCUGCCCUCAAAAUAUGAUGCAAAUACAGUGAUGUCAACCUUGCCCUCUCCAGAGAGCCAGCCUAGGACCCCAAUGAGUGGUGUGUGUUUCAGGAUAUUCAAUAUUGACUCUCCUACGACUGCGGGUGGAGAUUUGCAGUCCCCAGUGGUAAGCUCCCCUGGCUCUGGGACAAGGUCUUUGUUUGUGUUGGCCAUAAACAAGGAUUCUCUUUGUGAAUCUUGCAAAAAUUCCCUGAAAAAUGGAGCUAAAGAAAUGCACCUGUGCCGUUCUUGUAUGUCCCUCAUUGAGCAUAUCAAGACUUCAGACCUUUGGGCUCAUGCCAGUCUUCCCAGAUCCACUCCAACUCCACAGCCAUUAACCAGAGACCUACUCUCUCCAGCCAGCACUUGCGGGAUAAAAAGUGACAUCAGUAUAGCUUCCCUUGUUGAGCAGUGUGCUGGUCAACUGUCUUUUAUGAAAAUCAAUUUAACUCAAGCUCACUCAAGCUGUGAGAUAAGAGAUGCACUUGUGCUUGAGCAAGGGGCAAAAAGGAACAAAGAACAGUCUGAAAAAUACUUAAAGUCAAAGCACAAGAAAAAGCCAAUGACAACUACUGAGAGAGGCUUACAGGCUAGACAUCGCUUGAGGAGGUCCAGCUUUUCUGAAGAUGUGAAACCUUACCUUUUAGAGACUGAGGAACUUGUCACUACCAAUGCUUCCAAUGAUUUGGUGUUGGAAACUCAUGGUCCAUUUGAUGUUGAAUCUGGUGAUGCAGACGUAUCUCAAGCUACCAGGCCUACAUCUCUUCCUCUCAUGUCCUCUGCCUUUUCAGAGGACCACCGUGAUAAGGUGGAAGAGGGAAACCCAUCCAAAAAGAAGCAUAGAUUACGGCAUCACAGGAAGUCUGCUGUGAAUAGUGAGGGAUCAUGCAGUGUCUUUCCAGGGGAUAGGAAAGUAGAACGCAGAUGCCGAAUGAAGAAGUGAAACAGUUUGUUUUUACAGAUUCUGAAUUUGUGGAUCCUGACUGUCCCAAACUCAUUUAUUUCAUCCAGUACCUCAGUCCUCCGGUCAGCUGACCUCUCGACCAGCUGUCAAAGUCUCUACCUUUCGUCUGCAAGAAAUCUGACAUGUUUGCUCAUUUUACUGUCAACUCAGCAUGCUACGCUGUCAGCCUGGAGCAACAACAGGUCUGUUGAUCUGUUUGUUUGAAAAGUGUCAUUUUUCUGAAACCUGUCAUAUCAGUGUUUUUUCUCUCCAAAGUGUUUCUGCAAUCACUGCUAUUUUUUAUUGCAAGUUUAUUGCUGGCGUUUUCAAGCCAAGGAUCAGUGACAGUACAUACUAUUGCAAUAACUACAGUAACACUUUAUUAAUGUCCA